AUGGGUGAUAAAUCGAGCUCUUCAAUGGUUACGACCGAAACCAAAGCCCUGCAUCCAGUCUACUCUGUCUCUAACAUACAACAUAAAGUUCGAAUUCUGGAUGGAGUCAAAGUUACCUACACGGCAUGGGUGAAACUAUUCAAACUUCAUGCUCGCGGAUACGAAGUAUUAGAACAUAUCGAUGGAACCGAUCCCCCGUCUGAAACUUCAGAUGAAUAUGAGUCCUGGAGGAAGAUUGAUGCCAUAGUCCUUCAAUGGAUCUAUGGCACACUGUCUGAUGAUUUGUUAGUCCGAGUAUUAGAAGCCGAGUCGACUGCCCAGCAGGCUUGGAAUCGGAUUCAAGCCAUAUUUCAGAACAACAAAAACUCUAGAGCAUCUAAUCUUCUUCAUGCAUUCACUACCACUACCCUAGCCUCUUGUGCUAACAUGAACGAAUAUUUUCAAAAAUUGAAAGAUAUUGCAGAACAGUUAAGCGAUGUGGAUCAACCAGUUACAGAGUCACGAUUGGUGCUGCAAAUGGUUUCCGGGCUUCCACCCGAAUAUGAUACCAUGACUGCGUUUAUUACACAGUCCAACACGACUUGGGAUGAGGCUAUUGACAUGAUUAAUCGUGAGCAACGCAGGCAAGCGGCUAGAACACAGACUUCUCAAUCAGCUUUUGUCGCUCCUCGAACCAACAACCCAACGCCUAACGGCUCCGCCUCGUACCCGAUAUCCAACCCGACCCCUACCCUACCUCCAUCUAACCAUCCAACUCCACAUUAUGACCACAGUGAGAUUAAAAUACAGUUAAGUGGAUAG